AUGUCCUCACAGCUCCUCACUGUCGUCAUGCAGGCUGGGGUCCUGUCGGGGUUGUCCAACAUACUGGCGCAGGGCCUGACAGCCUACCGUUCGAAUGCAUAUUCCUCAUUUGAUUACGUUGGAUUCACGCAGAUGGUUAUCCUGGCGAUCCUUCAGACACCUCCGAACUACAAGUGGCAGAUGGCCCUGGAAGAGAACUUCCCCAGCUCAGGGAAAAAGCCAGUUGACGCCGCGGCGUCUAAAAAGAAGGACGACGAUGAGAAGAAGAAGGGAGAGGAGAAAGAGGAGCUCUCAAUUACCAAUACCAUGGUCAAGAUCAUGCUAGACCAGACGGUCGGCGCAUCGCUGAAUACUAUUUUCUUCAUCAUCAUGCUCAACUUAUUGAGGGGCGCUGGUUGGAGUGCGGCCGUCACAGCGGUCCAGAGGGACUUCUACACGAUGCUCCUCGCGGGCUACAAGUUCUGGCCUUUCAUAACGCUCCUGAACUUCGUUGUGAUCCCUGUCGAACAGCGCAUGCUGGUGGGAAAUCUGGCUGGUUUGGCUUGGGGUGUUUUGGUUAACCUCAUGGGUGUAUGA